AAACUUCUUUAGGGUUUUUUAGAUCUCCGCCGAUUAGCUUCUCUCUGUUUUUCUUCUUCUUCUUCGUCUGUUUUUUGAGUUUUUGUGUAGAUUAAUGGACAGUGACGAUUGAUAUUAAAGAUGUACCCAAAAUCUGACUCAGACAUCACAAGCCUCGACCUAUCAUCACCAAAACUUCCUUCUUACUACGUUCAAAGCCCAUCACGUGACUCCGACAAGUCUUCCUCCGUGGCACUGACGACUCAUCAGACCACUCCCACCGAGUCGCCAUCACACCCAUCGUUUGCUAGCCGCGUAUCCAACAACGGUGGUGGAGGUUUCCGGUGGAAAGGAAGGAGGAAAUAUCACGGCGGAAGAUGGUGGCCAGCUGAUAAGGAGGAUGAUGCUGAUGAUGGACGGUACGAGGAUCUUUAUGAGGACAACAGAGGAGUCUCCAUUGUUACUUGUAGACUUAUUUUGGGACUUGUUGCGACAUUGAGUAUCUUUUUUCUUCUAUGUUCUGUUCUCUUUGGUGUUUCUCAAUCUUUCCCUCCAAUCGUCUACAUCAAGGGUGUGAAUGUGCAAAUUUUUUCCUACGGAGAAGGUUCAGAUAGUACAGGAGUUCCAACAAAGAUCAUGAACUUUAAAUGUUCAGUGGAGAUCAAAACACACAAUCCUUCUACAUUAUUCGGCAUUCAUGUCAGCUCCACUACCAUCAACCUCAUCUACUCUCGUCAAUUCACGCUUGCGAUCGCGCAGCUGAAGAGUUAUUAUCAACCAAAACUAAGCAACCACACAUCUAGGAUCAACCUUGUUGGCUCCAAGGUUCCACUAUAUGGAGCAGGAGCCGAGUUAGUUGCUUCAGACCAUAAUGGUGGAGUUCCUGUGAAGUUAGAGUUCGAGAUUCGAUCACGAGCCAAUAUUGUUGGAAACUUAGUCAAGUCUAGGCAUAGGAAACACCUCUCUUGCUUCUUUUUUAUCUCCUCUUAUAACACCACAUUUGUAAAAUUUACCCAAAGCCCUUCAAGUGUGUCCCAAUUAGACGAUGGUGAGAAAUCCUCAUCCUCUACUUCGCUUAUUCAGGUUCAUACUCCAAACUACACCAUUCUCAGUGAGUCACGUCUCUCCUCUUCGAGCCGUACCUCCAAUGGAACAAGCGGUAUGGGAUUCCGAUGGAAAGGAAGCUCCCGGAGGAGUAAUAUGUAUUGGCCGGAGAAGCCUUACACGAUUAAUGAAGAUGAAGUUUAUGAUGAUAACAGAGGAUUAUCGGUGGGACAAUGCAGAGCGGUUUUGGUAAUAUUAGGUACUGUGGUUGUGUUCUCUGUUUUCUGCUCUGUUUUGUGGGGAGCUUCUCAUCCUUUCUCUCCUAUCGUCUCUGUCAAGAGCUUUAACCUCCAUAGCUUUUAUUAUGGAGAAGGAAUAGACGGAACAGGAGUUGCUACCAAGAUUCUGAGCUUUAACAGCUCGGUGAAGGUGACAAUAGAUAGUCCUGCUCCUUACUUUGGCAUCCAUGUCUCUUCUUCUACCUUCAAACUCACCUUCUCUGCUCUCACACUCGCCACUGGUCAGCUUAAGAGCUAUUACCAGCCAAGAAAGAGCAAGCACAUAGCCAUUGUAAAGCUCACUGGUUCAGAGGUUCCUUUGUAUGGAGCAGGACCACACUUAGCUGCCUCUGACAAGAAGGGAAAAGUUCCAGUGAAGUUGGAGUUUGAGAUCCGAUCGCGAGGAAAUUUAUUGGGGAAGCUGGUCAAGUCGAAGCACGUGAAUCACGUAUCAUGCUCUUUCUUCAUCUCCUCCUCCAAGACUUCCAAACCCAUAGAAUUCAGUCAUAAGACCUGUAAACUUGUUACCAAGUAAACAAUUUUUCAUUAUCUCUCCAUUUUGCAAAUAAGAAUUUCUUGCUUUCUCAUAAAUCUGCAAUCCAAUU